AUGAGAACCAGCGCAGCCAGGAGCCGCUCGCUGACCAGAUGCACGCGGGGAUUCCGGGACGUCCCGCGGCCGGCACCGCUGCAGCGGGAGCGAACGGCAGCGCGGCGAUCAAGAAGCUGUCGGGGCCUCUCAUCUCUGCAGAUUUCUUCGCCAAGCGCAAGAGAUCUGCGCCUGAGAAGUCGUCGGGCGAUGUCCCUGCGGGGUGUCCCUCUGCUAGCGCGGCUCCUGGGGUGGGCGCCGUGGAGCAGACCCCGCGCAAGCGUCUGCGAUGAGUUAGUUCCCUCUCCUUUCCAGUUUAGAGCCCUGAGAAUUCCUGGGCGGCGGAUGUUGGAAGACAGCUGGGCCUCGGCUGGGACCGUACAUGUAGCAGCAACCCGCGGCGGCUGCCGCAGAGCAGCGAUUGGCUUCGUGUUUAAAAAUCUGAAACGUGUGCAAUGUGUAAUGACGUCUCUAUAUCAAGAUGUAUUCUGCACAGGAGUACACUGGUCCCAAGGUGUAAAGCUUUAAGAGUCAUUUAUAUAAAAUGUUUAAUCUCUGCUGAAACUCUGCAAAAAAAAGAGAAAAGUAUAAAAAAAGUACAAAAGAGAAAAAAGAAAAAAAAAGGAUAAAAAGAAAAAAACCCAUGUAUAUUUGUACAAAAAGUUUUUAAAAGUUAUACUAACUUAUAUGUUCUAUUUAUGUCCGGGCAUGGGCAUCUCCAUCAUACCCUGCCCGGUCAUUGGUCAUGCCAAAGGCACUGUAUCUCAUCCUUCUCAGUUAUCCACAAAUGUAAAUUGAAUAGCGGGCUUUAGGGGAGGGGGGGGGUCGCUCACAAAUUAGCUGCCACACAUAUGCACCUAGCUUGCAGCCUUUUCACGCUUUUGCUCUUUUAUAAUCAUUGUAUUUUAAACUUGAAGACAAAUCUGUUAAACAUGGUUCCCGAGCCGUUUGUACCACUGCCCCAGCUCCACAUCCGUCAAAUUCUAAAUAAAGAGGCCAAAAAUGCUGCA